CCUGUCUGUAUCCGUCUGGUGCCUCCGCCACUUUUCAGGGAAAUGCUUUCGGGAAGUCCCAAGAUCUCGUGCUGUUGUUGUCUGUUGCCUUCCUAGAGGCUCGCGCGCUCUCCUCUCCUCUCCACCAGCUUUCCUGGAUUUUGUCUCGGAACAUCCGGGAAAAGUAAUAACCCGGGAUCUAACCAGAGAUGCUUUUCUGGUCCCUUGGAGGAGUGUAUUCUCAGAAAACAUUGGCUCUAGACGGGUCCAGAAGGCAAGAGUAAAUCCAGUCUACAUGCACAGAGUCCACUGGCUCAGCUUGAAAGUGUUUUCAUGAGUUAACACUGGGACCAGAUCCACCCUUCGUUCCCUGCAGCCAAGCAAUCUGCAGCCAAGCAAUGGGCCAAAAAAUCUCAGGGAGCAUAAAGUCUGUCGAUGUUCGGGAGCCCCCUUACAGACCUGUCAAAAGAGAACUGAGGGGUCCAGAUUUCUGCAAGCCUGCGAGAUUGGAUAUGUUGCUGGAUAUGCCCCCGGCCCAUUUGGAGGUCCAGUACAAGCACGCUUGGAACAAUGAAGACCGAUCCUUAAAUAUAUUUGUGAAGGAAGAUGACAAACUGACAUUUCACAGACACCCGGUAGCCCAAAGCACAGACUGCAUCCGAGGCAAAGUUGGGUAUACGAGGGGCCUACAUGUAUGGCAGAUCCACUGGCCCGCCAGGCAGCGAGGAACACACGCUGUGGUUGGAGUGUCAACGGCAGAAGCGCCUUUGCAUUCUGUAGGAUAUACGUCGUUGGUUGGUAGCAAUAAUGAGUCAUGGGGCUGGGACCUUGGGCGCAACAAACUUUAUCACAACUGCAAAAAUCAGCCUGGGGUGACAUACCCCGUAUUUUUGGAACCAGACGAGUCUUUUGUACUCCCAGACUCCUUACUGGUGGUUUUGGAUAUGGAUGAAGGGACACUUAGCUUCAUUGUGGAUGGACAGUACCUCGGAGUGGCCUUCAGGGGACUAAAAGGGAAAAAACUCUAUCCUAUAGUCAGUGCGGUAUGGGGGCACUGUGAAAUCACAAUGAGAUACAUCAACGGACUUGAUCCGGAACCCCUGCCUCUCAUGGACCUGUGCCGAAGAUCAAUCCGCUUUGCUCUGGGCAGAGAACGCCUGCAUGAUAUAGAAACUCUACCUUUGCCUCAGUCUUUGAAAAAUUAUUUACAAUAUCAGUAAUACGAAUUCUAGACCUCUAAAUGGUAGAAAUUGUUUACAUCAGAAUAUAAAUCUUCGUGGUGGAUAUUUUGAGUGUUAUUUAAUUAUUAUUUUUAAACAUUUUUUUUUUUAAAUCAACCGUGGCAGAACAUUUUGGAGACUACUAAGGAAUGUGAAAACUCUUUGAGUUGGUUUAGAUCUUUCAGUGAAAUUAUUGUUGCCUACACUGUUAGCAGCCUUGUUAUGCAGAAUCCAAAGCUUGCUUGUCUUCACAGGUCACAUCCAAAGAUGAGCUGUAUGUUGAUUUAGGUCUGGUGCUGGAUAUGCAGCCAGG